CUAAAUUACUCAAUCAUCCUAAUAACAUAUAUAUUUUGUUUAAAAAACAAUUGUUGAUUGUAAAUAGUCCCGUCAUCAUCUAUUUCAUAAAAAUAUAUUUAUACGAAAAUAACUACAGAUAAGAAAACGAUGCUUUUUAAAACAUACGUUUCCUCUUGAAUACAUGUUGAGGGUUCCCAAAUUGUAUCAGGAAAAUGAAAAAAUUAUAUAAUUAUUAAUUAUAGAAAUACGCUUUUUCUCUGUGUGCGCGUUAAAAGGUGUUUGUGGAAAUAGAAUGGAAAUGGAGUAGAGUAAAUUAGAUAAACGAUUAACUGGAAAAUGUUGCUUAUCAAAUGUUGCAUACAAAAGUAUAAUUAGGCAACAGGCAGUAGUGUCACCACAGUCGAAUGAUUCAAAUGGACACGGUAAUGGUAAUGGAAAAAUCAGAGGUCCCGGGAACCGCUGUACAAUGUGAGCUUCUACUGCCCAAAGGCCAUUUUCCAAGGACUUAUGAAUUUGACAUACCGGAUAUUAGACUACGACGUCGUCUUGUACGAAGGUUCUUUGGGGUACUAAUUCUACAGGUAGCCUGCACUUUGCCCUGUCUGGAGGUGCUGCUGAAAUAUCCUAUGCCGUAUAAGGAAGCUAUAAAUCCCAUUUCCCUGGUCAUCACCAUGUUAAUAUAUACGUGCUUUUACGUUUGGAGAAAUUGGAGAAGAUUUGCACCAUACAACUAUCUCGUAUUGCUUCUCAGUACCUUCAUCAGUGCCCUGAAUCGGAGUUUGUAUUUGCUGAACCUGGUGCAGACACAUUGGGUCUAUGCCUAUCCCGUCAUCUUGAUUCUAGAGCUGUUGGCUCUCAUGCUCUACGCUUCCCAGGAGCGGUUCAAGUUCACCCAGAUUCGAGGGAUUUCUAUAAUCUGCCUCAUCUUCGGAUUGUGUCUUCUGCUGGGAUACCGCCUUAACCGGAUGAUGGAGCUAUUCUCCGCCAUGGCCUGCACGGUGGAGGCGUGGUACGUCAUUUACGAUACCCACUUUAUGCUUUGUGGUCGACAUGGGUACAAUAUUGAACCGCAAGAAUGGGUUUAUGCUGCAUGCAACAUCCACUGCGAUGUGCCCAAGGGCGCUUGGCGCCUUAUGAGGAUGCUCUUCUUCAGCAAAAUUGUGGAAGCCUUUCGUAUGUUCCGCGAAUGCUUCAGAACAGAGGUUUGCUAACAUAUUGUCAAACAGUUGGCUGUUUAUUAUUCUUAAAUAAAUUAUCUCAAUUGUGUCAAAAUUUAAAAUAAACACAGUUUUUAAAUUCUAAAGCCAUGUCCCCACUUAUUCAAGCUUUCUCGCGCCGAAUUGGUGCGCCAGAAUAAGGCCCAGGCCCAGGAUGUGGACGGACAGCAGAGCCCCAUUGCCUCCUCCGGUUAGAGUGCAGGCCGCCAUGCACCGAGAGAGCUAUGCUGAGCAUGGAUCCACAUUACUACUACUGCAAGUAAAAGCAACUACGACAAAAACAACAGCUACAACAACAACCACACUGCAAACACGAAAACAUAUUUCCCAAACAAAAAAAUAAGAACAAAAACACAUUUAAGCAGAAACAAAUAAGCUUCAACAAAAAUUUCAAGUAUUAUAAAAAAGAGAAAUGGAAAGGCGACGAGUGGAAAGGCUCAAGACUCCGACAAGCGUGCUGGGAGUCACGAACAUCAAAUGGAAAAGCAACACAAGAAAAACUAUUGCAUACUGCAAAUUAAUGCAAAAUACAUUUAUUAAAGGAAAUUUACAACUAAACACUUAAAAAAGAAGGGCCUGGUGAAAAAAAUCAAGAGCCGCCCAUUUAAUUUCAUGAAUUCGCUUUAAAUUUCAUGUUAUUUUGUUCUGCUCCUUUAAAGUUAAAACUUUUCUGCUUUCCCAUUGAUUUUCAUUUUUAAAUUUAUAGUUCAUUUUUGCUUUAUUGAUCGAUGUUCGAUAUGAAUGUAUUUUGAAAUAAUUUGCAAGAAAGCUCAAAAAGCCAUGUGUACUUGAAAUGUAAUUGCCUCUUUAAAUUGUAGUUGCUUUUGCAAGGAAAUUUUUUCAUCUGAUCUUUCAUUUAUAUGAAGUAUAUGUAUAAUUUAAUUUAUUAAUUUUCACAAAAUAAAAAGAAUAACAAUCAAAAUAAGCAAACGUAACGUAUAUAUUUUUUAUGUGUUCGCAUUUUGUAUCUACAUAUAAAUGCAUAAGUGUCAUGCUGAGGAAAUACAUAAGAAAUGCUUAUAAAAUUAAAUAAAAACAGAACAAUUGAAUACAAGAUACUAAA